UUCCGCCUUCUUCCCUCACCCUCCAAACGAAAACCCUCGACGAGAGAGAGGCGGCGAGCUGUUUCCUCGCCGCUGCGAAGCGAGAGAAAGAGAGGAAAAAAAAGGACAAAGCCUUCUUUCUUUCCCUUCGCAGCGUGAGCUUGGAGAUCUCAGCGCUCUAAUCGAGAUCAAAUGGCUCGCGCUCUCUCCAACGCCACCCUCAUCGCGGUGCUCUCCGACGGUAUCGCCCUCCUCGCUAGCAGGAGAGGCUAUUCGGCGGUAGCCGGGAGGGGGAGCAGGACAGUGGUGGAGGAGAAGGUGGCGGCGGCGGCGAUGAAGAGAGAUGGAGGGCUGGAGUCGGCGGCGUCGUCGUCUUGGGUGCCGGAUCCGGUCACCGGGUUCUACCGGCCGGCCAACCGUGCGGCCGAGAUAGACCCGGCGGAGCUGCGAGCGAUGCUGCUGAAGCCAAAGUCUCAGCACUAAACCCAAGAAAAUUUCCCCGCAGAUGUUUAAGAUGGAAUUUUGGUCCUUCUCCAUUAAUUAAUUCUAGCGAUUAUAAGAUGAUGCUGCUGAGUGGUUUAAUAUAUGGUUAUUGGUCAGGAGUGAAGUGGUGUGUGCUUGUUAAUUGGGACUGUUUUAAUCCAUUGAAUCUGAUAUGAAAUAUUUUUUCUUUUACUUAAAAAAGCGUACGCGUUAUCAGUUAGAUUCUAUUUGACAGGGAAAAAAUACAGAGCUUAUGUACUAAUUUAACUCAUUAAAUCGAUAAAACCUAGGACUCAGUUUCCUCGAUUA